GCCCCACACGCAACCAACCCGGCCGCCAGAGAAAGAACGAGCAGCGCGUUUGCCGAAACACGUUUCGACUGAGCUGAGUCAGCAUGUCUUGCGGACCAGAGUUUGAUUGGCUGUCACUCGCCGUCGAAACGUGCGAAAUACAACCGGGAUUUGCGUCCGCGCGUUCCAGGGCGCAUUCCGCGUGCUUGGCUGGGUAUCGUGGAAAGGGUUUGUUCCGCCCAAGCGGGGAACCCACGCGUUGCAAAAUGUAGUGGUUGUGGCGGUGUAACCGCGCGCGACCCGCGAGGAACUGGGGAGUUGAUUCGGUCAGAACCAGGCCCUGAGAGACCACCUCUGAUAUAUACAGGUGGAUUCGCUGAGCCGUGACGUCACGCGCGAUACUGUGCUGUACCGUAGUAGCGCGGAGAGUACUACUCUGUUCAUGCUACAGAAGUAGCACGCAAUCAGCAGACAUUCUGAGGCAGAGUCAGAGCCGUGCCAUGUCCGAGGGAGUCAUGGCGUGUCGUUCCCAUCGGUUGCUAAUGGAGCAAGGCACCAGGCUGCUGCUGGCCGUUCAUGGAAGCGCGAUUCGCGCUCGUCGUUCUGUGCGGCGCACCACACACCUGGAGGCCGAGCCUCGGCCUGAGUCCUCUGUUUCGUGUUCCAUUUGCGUUCGUUUGGGCACAAAGUGCACACGCGUUCCAGGGUUAUAUAUCUGCGACGGUUCCGCAUAAUAGAGCUACUACUACUAGUCGCACAAUGCGACCUUCUCUGCAGUGAAAGGAGACCGCACUGUCCUAGUCCCCUGCUGCGCCGCUGACCGUGAAAAUCACUUGACCCUUGAGACUCGCUCGUCCCUCGUUUCCCCAAGGCGCGUCCGCUUCACCACCGCGCGCUCACCCCCGUCUUCAUCCUCCCGCGAGGGCCGGCCCGCCAGGCACGACUUCCAGCUCGGAGCAUAAACGCGCGCCCGUGCUGCUGAGUCAGCAGCCGUGAGCCGCCAGGGAAUGGCGCCACCUUUCUCAGGCCAGCCGGGGGCGCGACGCGCGCUGGCAUCCGCUUGGUGGCACUGCCUCACGUGGUGCCUCGCCGCCCUUGCCGCAUCCCGGGGAGGCCUCGCGAUGGUCCGGCCCCACGCCGCCGCCGUGCGCCUGGAGGCCACACAAGUGCAAGUGCUGCAGGACUGCCAGAGAGCGUGGAGUCGGAGCGUCGUUGAGCUGGUUGGCAGCAGCCGCGACUGCCCUCUUGGUUAUGCCGCCAUUGUGUGCGACAGCAGCGGGAUGAUCGUGCACAUGGAUCUCUCUCAGAGGCAACUCACUGGCCCAAUCCCCACCACCAUCACCAAGCUUAGAAACCUGAGAUACCUGAAUCUUCGUGACAAUCAGCUCACUGGCUCAAUCCCCGCUGCAGUCGGCAAUCUAAAGAACCUUACAAGCCUGUGGUUGAGUGGCAAUCGCUUGACGGGGCCCAUCCCUCCGUCCAUCGGGUCCCUGACCAACCUUACCAGGCUCGAAUUAUAUCAAAACGAGCUGGAAGGCAGCAUUCCGGAAAGCAUCUUCGGGCUCGAGUCUCUGAUUUGGUUGGACCUCAGUGCGAACCGACACACGGGAACGAUUUCGUCAUCCAUCAGCAAGCUAACGAAGCUCUUCUCUCUGUCAUUCGCCAACAAUCAGCUGUACGGAUCCAUCCCCGCCACAAUCACUGAUCUGAAGCAGCCUUUUUUCCUUGAUCUCUCUCACAACUCCCUUACAGGGCCCCUUAUGUAUCUAGCAGGGUUCUCUGACCUGUCCAGCAACUACCUGACAGGCCUUCUCAGCUCUCCCGAGUGCGAGCGACACACUCUCUUUGCCAACUGCCUCACACCGCACGAGGAGUGUUCCUUCCAAGUGCAGCGGCCUGCAGCAGCAUGCGCAGCGUUUUGUGGCGUCUCCAACACCUCUGCGGCUUGCGGUGGCAGCGGCAUGUGCUAUCCUGACGGGCCCGGCUUGGUGCCAACGUGCUUGUCAUGUGCCCCGGGAUUUGUGCAGCUUGGAGGAAAUGGCUGCGUUGGGGAGGGCUUGGUCCGAAGCUUCUCAAUGAGCGGGCCUAUUCUCCCGCCAUACACCGUGCUCACCAAGGGCACGCAGCGCGAGACAGCGGGGAGGUUCAUGGCAAAGCCAGUGGCCCUCUUUGCGUACCCAGGACCAGGUGGCCUGAGCUCUGGGUGUGGCACGGAGUUGCCUUUCAAGGUCAACUUCACCUUCUCCCUCAUUCCCCAGUAUGGUACUGCCGGCUCCAACGGCUUUGCGUUUGUAAUCUCAGCAGAGGCAAAGGUGGGGAGCCCUGAUGGUGUGGGGUAUGGCGGGAUGGGAGCUCGGAGUAUAGCCAUUGAAUUCGGCACGCGUGGAGAUGAGAAGCACGGUGAUGAGAGCAGCCAGCAUGUGGGGCUCAACAUCAAGGGCGUGGAAGAAUCAGUGGUCGCCCAAGUGCCACCAUUCACUCUGACGGACACCAAUGCAUACACGGCAUGGGUGGACUAUGAGCCUGGGAGCCCUGGCACCAUUCGGGUGUUCCUGAAUGAUUCUAAGACCAAGCCGGAGGAGCCGCUGCUGCAGGGGGAGCUGGCGCUGUGUGAGGUGCUGCUGGCUGGUGGGCAGCAGCGGGCUGGUGGGAAGGAGGAGACUGGUGGGAAGCAGCAGCAGGCGUUCUUCUUUGGCUUCGUGGCGUCCACCACUGAGGAGCCCUUCCAGCUGCAUGGCAUCAUCGACUCUAGCGUGCACACAGGUAUUCCUUCACGCAAGCCAGGCAGGAUCAAAGGACAAGCACGUGGCCUCGCACUGUCAGUGACCACUUACGCCCCACCCCGGGCCAGCCCCUUGUCGCGCUAUGUGAGUGCGGACUUCGUUGCGGCGGCCAGCAGGCAGGACUCGUGGCGCAUCCGCGCAUUCCACUCCUGGGCGUCCUUGGACUUCCUCGCCUGGCCGGUCAAGAACCAGAACGACUGCAAUGCCUCUUGGGCGUAUACGGUGGUGGCGAGUGUGGAGGCAGCAUACGGCAUCGCAGGGAACCAGAGCGCUCCCCAGCUGUCAGUGGAAUCACUCUUUGCAGCCAUGGGGCUGAUCGGCACCAACAAGUCCACAGCUGGAGGUUCCCCCACCGAUGCCUUUGAGAAGCUGGUCACUCUUGAAGGCAGCAGUGGCCUCACAGGGGACAGUGAUCCGGCAACAAGGUAUCCAGUGCAGGCAUUCGAGCGCACAUUGUUCAAGGGGUAUGUGGGGCUCAUGCUGGCAGUGCAGCGGCAGCCAGUGGUGGCUCACAUCGAGGCCUCUGCUGCCACGUUCGCCAUGUAUGAUGGGACCUUCAAGUACCGCGAUCCUCAGUGCUACACCGGCAACCUGAAUCAUGUUGUACUCGUUGUUGGCUACUUCAUUACAAGCGAUGACAGCAGCCCCAACCACAUUGCACCUCCAUUCUGGAUCAUCCGCAACUCGUGGGGAGAGGAGUGGGGCGACAGUGGCCACAUGCGCAUGGACAUUCAGGGAGGGGAUGGCGUGUGUGGCAUCAACGUGCUGCCUGGCAUCUACCCCAUUGUCAAGAUUCCAGAGGACCCCUGCGCUCAAGGCAGCUACAGGGGCGAUGAGGAUGCAAAGCCCAGCAUGAACCCGUGCGGCGGGUUUGCAUGCAAGGCCACUACCGGUAGCAGCAACACCUGCAACUGCAGCAUUUCUGGAGUUGCCACGCAGCCGUUUGUUGAGAUUGCAAAUGGAAACGGCUCCAACACAUGUGCUUAUGUGGACGCGUGCGGGUCGUACUUGAAGAACCCCUGCUAUGUGGGCACAUGCAUCAACGAUGGCAGGGGCGCCUACUCAUGCAUCUGCCCUCCCAACUACAUUGCAAGCCGAGAUGUUUUCAACUUCCCCACCUGCGAUCCAGCUAACGCCACGGCCACCAGCAUGACAGUCAGUGGCGACAACUGGUGGUGCUCGGAUGUUUAUCUACUUGUUGGCCUCACAAUGGAUCAAUUCACCCUUCAGAAUGCGGCGAUGGAUUGCAGCCACCCAUUGCCCAAGGGCAGUGCCCUUCAGCUGGGUGGUACCCCCGCCACACCCUGCACUGCCUUCUUCUAUGCCCUCAAUGAGGCCACCUGUGCAUCCAUGAACGUGAACGUGAACGAGGGCAGCCUCGCCUCUCUCAACCCCGGCCUCAACUGCUCCCAGCCCAUCAAGGCGGGCCGCUCCCUGUGCCUCGAGCGCAAUGCUGCCUUCGCCUACACCGUCCCCCAGUGCCAGCAAUACGGCAUGCUGACACCUCAAGACACGUGCAUCCGGCUGAUGCUAAAGGCCAUCAAGGACCAAUGGAACCCCCUGGUUGAGCUGUACCGCAUCAAUCCCGGCCUCAUUUGCUCCCUCACCAUCCCCUCCUCCGCCUCAGUUGUCGGCAGCAAGAUUGGCGUGCAGAUUUGCCUCAGGGCAGACUAUUGGUCAAUCAAAUCGCGCGUCUGCAAAAAGGGCCGGGUGAAGCCCAUCUCCCCAUCGCUGGCGUGUUCAGCUGCUUACCGCUUCUACAGUGGAGAUACCUCUACCGCGACCUCGAAAUUUCUAUACUACAACGGCAUGCCCUGCUCUGGAACCGUAGGAUCCAAGUUUAUCUGUGUGCCGUAAUCUUUAUACCGGGAGAUCGACGUCUCAACAUUUGUGGAUUUGAGUUUGAAAUGGGUUAGCAUGGCAUCGUCGUACCACGAUGUUCUGAAAAAACGCAAGUGCUUUUGGGAAUACUUUUGGACCUACGGUACCGGUAGGAAGAGACGCCAUGAAUGGCGAGAGGUUUUAGGUGCUACGAAAAUGUCGAGCGAGAGGAGGAUGAGAUUAGAAGAGGAGAUACA